AUGAAUAUAUAUAAUCAUGUUCUCUUAAUCAUUACUCUAAAGAAUAUCUAUACUUGUAAAUAUAUAAAUAAGGCUAUACAAAAUAAUAUAAGUAAAUUCGUUCUUUAUAUAGAUAAUAAAAUUAAUUCACAGUUUCAUCAUAAUAUAAAUAAAAAUUAUAAUUUGAUUGUAAAGAAAAAGAUUUAUAAUAAAAUACAAGAGGGAAGAAAAAAAAAGAAUAUAAUUAAUAGUAGAAAAAGAUAUAUUUACGAUGAGAAAAUAAAAAAUGGAUUUCAGAAUUUUAUAACAUUAAAUUAUUCAUAUAUUAAUAAUUAUAAUAUGAUAAAAAAAAAGAAUAAAGGCUUAUCUGAAUGUUUAUGGAAUAAAAUGACAAAAACAAAAAGAAUAAGAAAUAAAGUAGAAUUAGAUUCAUCAAGUGAAGAAAAUAUAAUAAAAAAUGGAUAUAGUAAUGUUAUAAAUAAUUCUCCUAUUAUUAUAAAAGAUUAUGACAAGAGAUGGAUAAAGCUCGAUGUUUCUACGAAAGAUUUAAAAUUAAGAUACUGUUUAUUAAUUGGUCAAGAAUUUUGUUUUAGUGAAGUGGAAAGGAAUAUGUAUAUUGGUUUAGUAAAUAUAAACAAAAUAUAUUUAUUUAAAGAAACGGAAGAAAAUAUAUUUUAUCAAUGUUUAUAUGAUGAUGACAAUAAUAAUAAUAAUAAUAAUGUGACAUUUUUUCAAUAUAGUAAUAAAGAAGAUAAAAAUAUUGUGAAGAAAAGUAAAAGUGAUAAUCACCACAACGAAGUUUAUAACUUUUUUAAUUUACAUUUCCCUUUAAAUGAAAAUAUCGAAAUAUGGAAAAAAAAAGACAAAAGAAUGAAAGAAAUAACAAAUAAAAUAUCAGGUUUAAGAAUAUUAAAAACAGAUCCUGUGGAAUCUUUUUUUUCAUUCUUAUGUUCAACAAAUAAUAAUAUACCAAGAAUAACAUUAAUGAUAGAUUCUUUAAGAAGACGUUAUGGUAAAUUUAUUGCAACAGUUGUGUUUACAAAUGGUGAUAUUAUAAUUAAGAGGGAAGAUCAAAAUGUAAAUGUCAAUAAUAUAAUCAAGUUAAAAAAUCAACAACAUUCUAAUGAGAUCAACAGGUGUAAUAAUACAUAUAUAAAAGGAGAUAUUCAAAAUGGAGAGUGUAAAAUAAAAGAUGGAGUUAAUGAAAUAAAGAAUACAUGUGUAAGAAUUAAAAAAGAGACAGAUAUAUUAAAUAAUAAAAGUUGUAGAGUGAAGAAAGAAAUGAUGGAUACAUAUAAGGAACACAAUGAUAUAGGAAAAGGAAAUGAUUUUAAUGAUAAUAUAAACAUAUAUAAGGAUAAUUUAUCUGUUACAAAACAAAAUAAAAUGUUCAAUAUUUCAUUCAAAAAUGAAGUUAAUAAUAUAGAAAUGAAAGAUCUUGAAAUGAUAAGCAAAGAUAAUAAAAUAUUUUAUGAAUCCUUAAAAACAACAUUAAAAGAAGAGAGGAAUCAAAAAACAUAUCACUUUUAUGAAUUUCCUAAAAUACAAAUCAUAUCAAAAUUAAAAGUUGAUGAUUUAAGAAGUUUAGGAUUUGGUUAUAGAAGUAAUUAUGUUAUUGAAUGUGCAAAGAUGUUAGUUAAUAUGGGUGAAGAAGAAUGGAUAGAAAAUUUAAAAAAUGAAGAAAAAACUAAAAAUUGUAUAGAUCAAUUAAUAAAAUUUCCAGGUAUAGGUUUAAAAGUAGCUAAUUGUAUUUGUUUGUUUGGUCUAAAUAAAUAUGAUUGUAUUCCUAUAGAUACACAUAUAUAUGAUAUUAUAUAUAAAUAUUAUAACAAUUUUAUUGAGCCCAUAAAUAAAAGUAAUAACAAAAAUAAAACUAAUAAAAAUAAAAAUCAUAAUCAUAAUAAUCAUAAUAAUCAUAUACAUAUAAAGAAUAUACAAAAUAAGGUUCCAACUAAUAAAAGUAAUAUAAUUAUUGAUAAAAAACAUACAAACAAAAAAUUAAUAAGUAUAACAAAUAAAAAAAAAAAAACACUAACAAAUUCAUUAUAUGUAAUUUUAUAUACAAAACUAAGAAACUUAUUUGGUCCCUAUUGUGGAUGGGCACAAACCAUACUAUUCGCUUCAGAGCUCAAAAAAUUUAGUCACUUAUUCGAGUGA